UUUUUCUUAAUUAUUCCUCGUCAAUUGUGCAAAUAAGAAGAGUAUUUCUUAUUUAUAUUAACAACAUUAACAGAGCACACGUGCAUGAAAUGCUCUAAUUAAAGCAUAACCCCGCUGAAUCAAUCAAUUGACGAGGAGUAAUCAUUAAAAAAAUAUAUCUGUUGUUCUGAAGAUUCCGUAUAAAAAGAUGAACCUUCAGGUUUUGUUCAUCAAUUGAAUUCCGUUCUCUUGAAGACCUCAAAAUGCGUGUACUAUUCCUCCUCGCCAUUGUUCUUGCAGUCGCAUAUACAGCAUCUGCUGUACCGCGUCCACAAUCCCCUCGGCGUUGUCGCUCUGGAGAAGUUUGGAGAACAUGUGGUCCUGCAUGUCAGCCAACGUGUCGAAAUCGUCAAGGAGCAUGUCCUGGUCGGCGAUGUGUCGCGGCAUGCAAUUGCAUCAGUGGAAUGGUGAGACGUUACCCAGGCGGCAUCUGUACUCGAAUUUGUCCCCGAAUCGGUUGAAUUCGGAAUCUGAAAAAAAAAACACUUGAUUGACCAGGCAAAAAUUUUCCCACGUUGUAAUGAAAAAUUAUUUUUUUUUCAAUAAACAAUGCUGCUGCA